AUGAACAAUAUCUCAGUGCUAACAGAAUUUCUUCUCUUGGGUUUUUCUGGCACAUGGAGGUUUCAGUUCUUACAAUCUGUGUUUUUUAUAAUAAUUUACCUGGCAGCCCUAAUGGGAAAUAGCCUCAUUAUUGCCAUCACAUCCUUAGACCCAUCCCUCCACAUACCCAUGUACUUCUUCUUAAGAAAUCUGUCCCUGUUUGAUAUUUGCCUUGUUUCAGCUGUUGUGCCUAAAAUUGUUUUUAACUCUUUGAUACAAAGGAAUUCCAUCUCAUUUCUUAGCUGUGUCAUCCAGGUCUUUCUGGUACCUUUUUCAGCAGUGGCAGAAUUGCUGCUCCUCACAGGAAUGUCCAUUGACCGCUACACUGCCAUUUGCCAUCCCCUGCACUAUGAAGUCAUUAUGAACAGGGACAGAUGUGUCCAGAUUGUUGCACUGUCUUGGCUCAGUGGUGGCUUGUUAUCUGCUAUGCACACAAUAGGAAUCUUUUCCUUAUCAUACUGUGGCCUCAACAAAAUCCAGCAAUUCUUCUGUGAUAUUCCCCAGCUGUUAGCUAUUACUUGCUCAAAGAAUAUAACUGCAGAAGUUGUGCUCAUUCUUGUUAAUGCAGUCUUGGAUUUCUGUUGCUUUCUGUGCAUCAUAAUCUCAUAUAUAUACAUCUUCUCCACUGUCAAAAAGAUUCCAUCCACAGAGGGACAGUCAAAAGUCUAUUCUACUUGCCUCCCACACCUGGCAGUUGUUGCACUUUUUCUUUCAACUGCUUUUAUUGCUUAUUUGAAACCUAUUUUAGGGUCCCCUUCAUUCACUGAUCUCAUUCUAUCUUCUUUCUAUAUUUUUCUGCCCCCUUCCCUUAAUCCCAUUAUAUACAGCUUAAGAAACAAGGCCAUAAAGGCAGGUUUAGAUAAGUUGGUCACUAGAAAGCUAUUGACAAAGGAGAAUAUUCUUAUGUUUCUCAAAUAA